CCUGCCCUGCCCUGCUCUGCCCUGCCCUGCGCUGCCCUGCCUGCCCUGCUCUCGCCUCCACCCCGACUCGACUCGACUCGCCGCCAUCCAUCCGUCCCUCCGUCAUCUCACACCAUGGCUCAACAAAUCACGUCGUCCUUGAAGGACUUCUGGCACACAAUGACCUCUUACGACCGUCACGCCUCGCACGACUCGCCCUAUCGGACCGGCCGUCACAUCCCCAUCCCCCAGAGCCGCCACUCCGCCCUCACCUCGAUUGCCGCCACGGGCGCAGAGUCUCGCACCGACCUCAACUCGCCCUACCAGCACGACGACCUGGCCACGAGCAAUGGCUUCAUCGGCUCCCCAAAGGGCCCCAUGUCGCCCAGCUCCCCCUACUCGCCCGGCAUGCGCGGCUCCCUCAGCCGCCAGGCCACGCUCGACUCGGACUCGUUCGACAAGGGCUCCACCAGCCAGAUCCAGAUGCAGGACUUCAACGAGGGCCUGCCCCCCGCGCCCCCCGUCUCCCACUCGUGGAAGCGCAUCGACCGCUGGGUCGAGGACAACUUCACCGAGCUGUUUGACAACAUGUGCGAGGGCUGCACCUCCAACGACGUCAACGAGCUCGAGCACGAGCUCGACGCCACCCUGCCCAUGGACGUCCGCGAGUCGCUGCAGAUCCACGACGGCCAGGAGCGCGGCGGUCUCCCCACGGGUGUCUUCUUCGGCCUCAUGCUGCUCGAUUGCGAGGAAAUCGUCAUGGAGUGGAAGAACUGGCGCAAGGUCGCUGAGGAAUACCUGACCACCAAGGUCGACUACAGCACGCCCCAAAUCCCCGUCAAGGCCUUUGCCGGCUCCUCCACCACACCUCCCGUCGCCCAAGUCCAGAGCACCGGCAACCCGCUCUGGCGCCAAGACCUGCUCGCCCGCCAAGACUCGCAGCCGCCAAACGCCGUGCAAAAGGCCUACUCGCAUCCGGCCUGGAUUCCUCUUGCUCGCGACUGGGGAGGCAACUACCUUGCUGUCGACCUUGCCCCCGGUCCCAGCGGUACCUGGGGACAGAUUAUCAUCUAUGGCCGUGACUACGACUGCAAAUACGUCGUUGCGCGCUCGUGGGGCGCCCUCCUUGCCAUGGUGGCCGACGAUUUCGCCUCCAAGGACGUGCACUUGGACGAAGAGACGUCCGAGUUGAAGCUUUUGAUCUUCAAGCGCCAGAAUGUCGAGCCGCCCUACCUAGAGGUCCUCCGCUGGCGAUGCGAUCAGAAGCACGGUCGACGGCCGCCCAAGAAACGCCCAACCAGCGGUCUGCGUGUCAACCCAAACGCCCCGGGCAUGGUCGUUCCUAGCAGCACCGCGAGCAGCCCAUACCACAGCCCCGUCAUCGCACCCGAAGACCGCGGUCGCAGCCCUCACCGUCUGUCGAAACCACCAAAAGGCGUCAGCCCCCGCGGCAAGCUCUCAAGCCCAUUGGCUCGUGUCGCCGAGGAGAACCCCCAACCCGUCCGUGUAAACACAAACCUCGAUUCCAAGACAAGCGUGCCUACCGAGGACCUCAUCUCCAUGAACACGCCAAGACCGAGCGACGAAAUCUCCCAGCCCCGCAACAGCCUAGGCAGCGACAAGGAGAACAAGGACAACAAGGACAACAAAGAGACCAAGAGAACAUCUUCAUCCCUCAAGAGCCCCAUUGCGCCCGUCGAACCAAAGGACCUCAAGACUGUCGAGAUAUAGGCAUCUCGCAGCAACCGCUUCCCUUCAAAACAUACUUCCCAUUGACGAUCUACCAUUAGAAACAAGCGGCUGGAUAUCUGGCAGUCCAAAUACAAAGGAUAGGAGUGCAGGCGUAGCAUGGAGUACAAGUUAUCGCAAUC